AUGGCCGAAAUCACUGACAAGAAAACAGCAGCUGAAAGGCUUUCUGCAGAAGUUCAACUGGUGAAUGUUAAAACUGAAUGCGAAGGRCCAAGAAAACCCAAGCCAAACUUAGUUAAGUUGUUCCCAUGUGCUAAACCCAAAGAGGAUCAAGAAACAACACCUGGUAGGCAGGAGUGGAAGCGUGCCCGUGUCUGCAAGGCACUAGCUGAGACUGUGCUGCCUUCAGACAGCGCAGGAAGGAGCCUGGCGGAAGGAUUCRCUUCUCCAGCUCUGUCUGGAGCAGUCCAAGCAGUCUCUGCCCCUGGACGGCUGCUACCUCAAUGCGAUGUGCACUGGAAGGGAUUUUUGCAGCGCUCCUACCAAGUACCAGGUCUGAAACCAAGUCUUGGUUUGGCUGAAGCGGCUGUCGCUGAAGAGGGAUCUCAAUAUCAUAUUCAGCCGAGCUGUCAGAACAGAGGUGUUCCAUACUCCCUUGCUCCAUACUCCCUUGCCUCUUCACACAUCUGCAAUGCCUAUAAAUCUUUUCAGCUCCAUCACGUYAAAGCAACAGAUGCAGAUGCAGACCAGUUUGGUGAAAUUGAGUAUUUUCUUUAUGAUGGGUUCAAUUACUAUGAAAAAUCUAAAGCUUUCCAGAUUGACCCACAUACUGGUCAAAUCUGUGUGUCUCAAGACAUUGAUAGAGAGGAAGAUCCAGCUACUUAUGAUCUCCUAGUAAAAGCUACAGAUGGGGGUGGACUGAGUGCCCAAGCUUUUGUUCGUAUUGAGAUAGAAGAUAUUAAUGAUAAUCAACCUGUUUUUGAACAAGUUACCUAUGUGACAAGCAUCAGCAGUCGCACACAGCCAGGAACAGAGAUCAUCAAUGUUGUUGCAACAGACAGAGACUCUGGAAUAUUUGGAACAGUCACUUAUGAACUUAUCCUGGGGGAAUUUUCUUCUCUUUUCACAGUGGAUUCUUUUACAGGAAUUAUAUACUUGAUCUCAGCUCUUGGCCACCUGGAAGGUUCUGCGUUGGUUCUGACUGUUUCUGCCCAAGAUGGGGGUGGUCUUUCCUCUGCUGUUAAUGCAGCAGUCACAGUAAACAUCCUUCAGGCYACUUUGGCCCCAGCCGUAUUUGAGAAAUCUCGGUAUGCUUUUUCUGUUCCUGAAGAUAUACCUGAAGGCAGCCCAGUUGGAACUGUAAAGGCCCGACAACCUCUGAAUUCUUUAGAAGUCGUUUCUUACAGAAUUUCCUCUGGUGAUCCAUAUGGAAGAUUCUCUAUUGACCCUCAAUUUGGUAUCAUCCACACCAAAAACCAGCUCGACCAUGAAACUCAGUCUGUUAUAUUASUUACUGUUCAGUCACAAUUGGGCAAUUCCCCUGUCUACAGUAGCACCCAGGUCAACAUAUCUGUGUUAGAUAUCAAUGACAAUCCUCCAGUAUUUCAUACCAAAUCUGGCAAAAUAAUUAUUUCACAUAUCUUGCCUCCUGGCACAGCUAUCUACAUUGCUCAUGCAGAAGAUAAAGACAGUGGCCUAAAUGGGGUAAUCAAAUAUAGUAUGGCAAGUGAGCAAUCAAAUGCAUUCAGUAUUGAUCCAGGCUUUGGAGUGGUGAACCUCACCAGGACAGUGUUUGCAGAUAAGCAGCAGGAAUAUAUUCUACACAUAGAAGCUGAAGACCAUGGAAACCCCCCUCUGAGUUCUUUGYUGAAGUUGUCAGUGAUUAUUGAAGAGCAAAAGAUGGGCCCCACUCUAGCUUUUGAAAAAUUGGUGUAUCAAGUAGAAAUCAGUGAAGCUUCCUUUCUAGAUGUCCAAGUCCUUCAAGUUCAAGCCCACUCCCUAGAUCCACAGCAUGUCAACUCCAAGCUGACGUAUUCCCUAGAGUCUAGUACAGAUUCUGUUGCUUUUGUAAUCAACUCUGAUACUGGCUGGAUUUAUCUUCGGAAACACUUGGAUUAUGAAUGUACACAGACAUUAAGUUUUAGAGCCCUGGCCAGUACCUUAGAGGACCAAAGCUCCAGGCAAAAUGCAAGUACUUUAGUAAUAGUUAAUGUCCUAGAUGAAAAUGAUAAUUCCCCCAUGUUUUUACAUAAUGACUACUACUUCAAAAUGGAGGAAAAUCCAGUUCCCAGGGGUGUUGUUGGCACAGUCACAGCUGUUGACAAAGACUCUGGAAGAAAUGGACAACUUUCCUAUAUCAUCUUGUCUGAUGGGACGUAUUUCAAGAUGAAUUYCAACACAGGUGAAAUUAUAAACUGGGUUGCUUUAGACCAUGAAAAGCAAUCUUACCACCAGUUGACUAUCCUGGUGACUGAUCAUGGGUCACCACAACGUAAUGCCACAACAACUGUCUAUAUCUCAGUCACUGACAUCAAUGAUAACAAGCCUAUCUUUCCACAGAUUCCUUCUGGAAAAGAACUAAAUGUCAAGGUUUUGGAAGGGCAGCCGUCGGGGACACUUGUCGCCAAUAUGUUUGCAAAAGAUUUUGAUUCUGGGAGCAAUGCUGAUGUAUUGUACUCCAUAGAAUCAGAAGAGAGUAUAGGAUACUUCAAGAUUGAUAUUAUCAGUGGAGAACUAAGAACAACUCAAUCUCUGUCAUACGCUGAGAGAUCAAGCUACAGAAUGGUGAUCACAGCCAGGGAUCAAGGAGUGCCUUCACUUCAAGGACAUGCUGAUGUGUGCGUCCAGGUAAUCCCACUUGCCAAAGGUAGAUCAGUCUUCUCUCGAGACUUCAAGCACUUUGUCAUACCUGAAAAUUUUAAACCAGCACAAGUAUUGACUUCUAUAAAGUUGUCUGAUAAUCAUCUGAUAAACCAUAAGAAACUGCAUUAUAGUAUUUCUGAGGAAGAUGAUUAUUUUGAAAUAGAUAGCUUGACAGGAGAUAUUUUUCUUUCCAAGGAUCUUGACUAUGAAACRGCUUCGCAUUUCCUUUUGCAAGUAACUGUAAAGGAUUAUGAGAAUACUCCUCCACAGAAUACGACUGUCUUCCUGCGUAUUGAUGUAGAAGACGAAAAUGACCAUUCUCCGCAUUUUCAGGAUGAUUUUAUAGUGAUUGGCAUAGAAGAAAACAUUCCUGUUGGCACUCCGGUGUACACAUUCAAUGCAAAAGAUGGAGAUGGCRGUCUCCUGAACAGCAAAAUAAAAUAUUCCAUAGAAAUGAAUAGUGUGGGUGAAAAUCCAUUUCUUAUUCACCCUUCAUAUGGCACCCUGAUCACGGCAUUUCCCCUAGACAGAGAGAUUGCUUGCUCUGUGGUCCUUACAGUGUCUGCAAUAGACCAGGCAAUAAAUCUGACGGAUCGCAGAUUUGAUUCCCUGACUGCGAAAAUUGUUGUUUUAGACAUUAAUGACAACAGUCCUAUUUUUACAUCUUCCCCUCAUUCCUAUGUCAUGGAGAAUGUGGAAGUGGGCUACCUUGUUCACCACAUUGUUGCAAAGGAUCCAGAUGAAGGAAAAAAUGGACAAGUGACAUAUCACAUUCUUUCAGGCAAUGAGAACAAAACAUUUGUACUGGAUGAGGUCACAGGACUACUAUCUACAUCACUGCAUUUGGACCGUGAGACUCAAGAACGCUACAAUUUGACUGUUAUGGCUCUUGAUGAUGGCAUCCCAGCGCUCUCUGCAACUCAGAUCCUCGCUGUAGUUGUUCUUGAUGUGAAUGAUGAGAGACCAAUAUUUCUGAAGCAAUUUUAUGAAACUUCAGUCUAUGAAAACCAAGAUCCAGGAGAGUUUGUCRUAGAGGUGGAAGCUGUGGAUAGAGAUUCAGGACUGAAUUCCUUGCUUCAAUAUGAAAUCUUACCAGGAAGUGGUUAUGGGAAUUUCAGGAUGAACUUAAACACUGGGAAGAUUGUGACAACCAUGUCACUGGACAGGGAAACUGAGGAGGUUUUCUAUAUUAAAGUUUUGGUUCGAGAUAGUGGAACUCCUUCGCUUUCAAGCACGGUGACUGUUAUCUGCAAAGUACUGGAUGAAAAUGAUUACUCCCCAAAAUUUCUUUUUCCUGUCUCUGAGAUUUGUAUUCUAGAAAAUCAACAGCCUUCUGUAGUUUACACUGCCUUGGCUGUAGAUGAGGAUGAGGGAAAUAAUGGAAUUCUAAGAUAURGAAUUAAUGGUGGAAACGCUGGAGAAUACUUCAGACUAAACAGUACCUCAGGAAAACUGUUGGCCACUCGUCGCUUAGACAGAGAAGAUAUUAGCAAUUUCACUCUUGUAAUUGAGUGCCAUGACCUGGGCAACCCUCCAAGAAGCUCUACUGCACAGUUAUAUAUAACAGUCUUGGAUGAAAAUGACAACAACCCAUCAUUUGCAAAGGACCGCUAUCAAAUCUCUGUAAGAGAAGAUCUAGAAGAAAGUUCAGUUGUCCUGGAACUUUUUGCUUCUGAUGAAGAUGAUGGACUAAAUGGUGAAGUAGUAUACUCUGUCAUUGAUGACACCUUUGGAGCAUUUGCUAUUGAUAGUGUGACCGGUUCUAUAGUUACUACACAGAUAUUGGACCGGGAGACCAAAUCAGUGUAUAUGUUUAGGGUGGUGGCAAGUGACUGCAGCACCCACUUGCCAAGAAGCACCACUGUCAGCAUCGUGGUACACAUUGAAGAUGUAAAUGACAAUGAUCCAGUGUUUUUACAGAAUCCUAUCAAAGCCUUUGUGCCAUUUGAAACCUCUGUGAAUGAGACAGUAGCCACUGUUAGAGCUGAGGACAUGGAUCUGGGUCUGAAUGGAUCGGUUGUUUUCAGUUUGAUGGUACCAGCACCUCUGUUUCAGAUUGACAGGUAUACAGGUGACAUCAUCCUUAAGGAGCCCUUGGUUUCCAAAAACUUCAGUACCCAACUGCUAGUGAUGGCUCUGGACCAAGGCAUCUCUCCUCGGACCGCCACAGCUAUGGUAGCUCUCUUUACAGAGGACCAAGAGGAGGAGAUUUCAUUCAGUCAGAGCUUCUAUGAAGCAAGCGUGCCUGAGAACAGUGCAGCAGGUACAUCACUGGUAACUGUAGAAGCUUAUGAACAGAAAUUAACAGGAGAAAGCAUAAAAUACAGCAUCUUCAGUGACAAAGAAAACAUGUUCUCCAUACAUCCCAUCACAGGUGUGAUCACAGUCAAAGAGCCAAAGUCGCUUGAUUAUGAAGCUAAGAAUAAAGUACAUCUUUUAGUGUUGGCCGAAAAUAGCGUGAAUUCAGCACUUGGUGAAGUGAUGGUUUGGAUACAAGAUGUGAAUGACAAUGUACCUAAAUUUGAGCAAAGCUAUUAUAAAGCGUCAGUAUGGGAAGGCCARAUUCCUAAAACAAAUAUCAUACAGGUAUUUGCAACUGACCUUGACAGUGGGCUGAAUGGAGAAACUGAAUACUCAAUUGUAUCUGGUAAUGAAAACGCAGCAUUCCUAAUUGAUUCAUCACGAGGGAUUUUAGCAACUAAUGCGAUCCUAGAUUAUGAAAACACUUCRUCUUACAGGUUGGUUGUACAAGCUGCUGACAAAGGAAAUCUCAGAUUUUCUUCUACGAGUGUUGUGAGGAUACAAGUGGUGGAUGUCAAUGACAACAUUCCGAUUGUUCAACCUCUCGACAAAGUGGAAAUUCCCGAAAAUGUCCUGCCAGGUUUUAUGGUGACUCAGGUGUCAGCAACAGACCUGGACUCAAGGCCAGCACUUCAGUUUGGUUUUAUUGAGGGUAAUGGUCCUGGAACAAAGUUUGCUAUUGAUCAAUAUACUGGUGUAAUCACCGUGGUGGAACCACUGGAUUUUGAGGAGACUACUGUGUAUAAGUUGGGAAUCAUAGUUUCGGAUUCUGUACAUCAAACAGAAGCAGAGGUCACUGUCCUGGUUUUGGAUGUCAAUGAUAACCCACCGGUGUUUACACAGAAUUCAUAUCAGGUGAGCUUGCCAGAGCUCACUUCGGUGGAUGCCUCUAUUCUGGCAGUCUCUGCUGUGGAUAGGGAUUCGGAGCCUAAUGGAAUGAUUUCCUACAAAAUGCUUUCUUCCUCUGAGGGAUUUUCUGUUGAUCCCGAGAAUGGUUCAAUAUUCACUACUAAACCUGUAAUACACCUGGGAAAGAAUUCUACUUUUCGACUCCUUAUAGAAGCUAAGGACAGUGGAAAUCCUGCUUUAAGUGCAGUUACAUCUGUAGAGAUACAAAUAGAAGAUGUAAAUGACCAUGCCCCAAAGUUCACAAGGGCGGUAUAUAACCUCAGUGUGAGUGAGGAUGCGUCAGUUGGAGAAAGAAUCCUCACAUUUUCAGCCAUUGACUGUGACUGGACACAUGAAAAUACACAUAUUGAAUACUCUAUUAUUGAUGGCAAUGCUGAUAAUCUAUUCUCUGUGGAAACAAGUCUCAUGGAGUUAGAAUCUUCUUAUAGACCUGUUGGCAAUCUUGUUUUGAGCAAUACCCUUGACAGGGAAACUGCUUCUUCCCACUAUUUGGUCCUCCUUGCAUCUGAUCAUGGAACACCUUCCUUAAAUUCAACUGCUACUGUACUAAUAACUGUACUGGAUGUUAAUGAUAAUCCACCUCUAUUUAGCAGCCUGGAGUAUCAUAUUCACGUCAAAGAAAGUCUUGCUAUAGGUAGCCAUAUCACUGAAGUUUCAGCAAAUGACUGUGAUGUGGGGGCUAAUGCAGAGAUCACUUACACUAUCAGCUCUGGAAAUGACAAAGGUUAUUUUCRCUUGGAUGGGAAAACAGGAUCAGUGGAUUUGGUGAAAACUCUGGAUUAUGAAGAUACUGUGAAGUUCACUUUGAUUAUCCAAGCCACAGAUGGAGGAGCUGAUGUUAAAAAUGUGGCUUUUUCUGUUGUUCUUGUUAGUGUCCUAGAUGACAAUGAUUAUGCCCCACUAUUUUUGUUUCCCAGCCUGAACUGCAUUGUCRGUGAAAAUCUGCCUACCUUUUCUUUUGUGUGCACUGUUAAGGCACUGGAUUUUGAUAAAGGCUCCUAUGGACACAUCACCUAUUCCAUCCAGUCUUCAUGUCUGGCUCAUCGCGAUGCUCCUAGAGACCAUGACAUGUUUUUCAUUGACCCUUUGACAGGAGAUGUUCAUACAAAGCAAAUGUUUGACUAUGAAAGUCAGAAUAGGUACUGUCUCAUAAUCCAAGCAAAAGACAAAGGUGACUUAUUGGCUACAAUUACAGUUCAGAUAAAUAUCGAGGGGAGAGAUGAAUUUGACCCAGUUUUUACUCAAGAUCAGUAUUUCUUUAAUCUCCCUGAGAAAAAUGAAGCAGGUCAGUUACUUGGCAAAGUGACAGCAUCAGAUAAGGAUGGUGGGCUGGAUGGAGUUGUUUGUUAUUCCUUGCUGAAAUCUUCUCCAUUCUUUUCUGUAAAUCAAACCAGUGGUAAUAUUUAUUUGACUCAAACUGUUCAGAGAAAGAAAAAUGGCAGCAAAAGGAAAGAAGACACCCUGGAGAUGUUAGUAAAAGCUCAUAGUCCAAAAAUUGACUCGAAGUUCACUGUGUGCACUGUUUUGGUAAAUGUUUCUAAUGCUCCUGAAAAUUAUGCCAUAGAGUCUGCAUACAGCCUUAUUGUUAGCAUUUUGGUCUCCGUUGUAGUAUUCCUAUUGCUUGCCAUCAGUGUUAUUGCACUCAUUCUCAGAUAUAAGCGAAAAGACACKACAAACUCUUGUGUGGGAAAAGAAGCAGCAUCCUCAUCAGCUGCUGAUUUAAGUUUGGCUAGCGAAGAUAAAGUCCCUAAGGACUGCCAGAAAAUCCAGAGUACUGAGAGCAGUAUGCUGCCCAUGGGUACCAUAGCAGAGUGGCUGAGCAUAGUCGGACUCGGAGAGCGGGAGGAUGUUGGUAGCCCCUGCAGGCAUUCAGAUGCUAGUGGCCGUGGUUCAGCUGCAGGAGAAACAGCAGAAGAUGAGGAAAUCAAAAGGAUCAAUGAACACCCUUGCAGAARGAGAAAUGGCUCACCUUUAAGUGAGCGAGGCUCACAGAUGCCGGAUUCAGGAAUUCCCAGAGAAUCCGGUCAACUAUCCUGUCAGUCUGGAGAAACUGAUGUUGUGGCUACCAGUCAAAGCUUGGAGAGCAUGCAGGCCCUUAAAGACGAAGGUGGAGAAGAAGUCUGCGACACGAACUAUGCACUUAACAGAAUGUUAUCUCAAACACUUAAGAAAAUUCAAACAAAAGAGAAAGACAUAAUGACARACUUCACAGAAGAAUAUGUCUUGACCUCAAAUAUGCAGGACUGCCAAUGUGAUUCAGCAGCUCUCGUCACCUGUGAUGCASAUCUCAGAGGGAAUUGUAAUUUGGAUUAUUUUUUCAGCUGGGAACCCAGAUUUCAACCUCUUGCUUCAGUGUUCAGCGAUAUUGCAGAGCUGAAGGAUGAAAAUGUACACAUUCAUAGCUUCCUUGAAGAAAAGAAAUCUAAUUUCCCUCCUCCCUUGAUAACAUCAGUAGCUCAACCUGGCAUAAGGACUGUGCCACCACGGAUGCCAAAUAUAAGCUCAGGACAAGCAUUUACAAAAUAUGCCCAUUCUCCCCUGACUCAUGAUCCUGGAUGCCCUCCACCAACCAUGACUCCCAGUUUUUCUCCUUCUUUCUCUUUACUUACUGUGCCAACACCUGCCGCUUCUCCAGUAAUGUCUGAUGGGAGAAAAAUAGAAACAUGUCUCAUUGGUCCAAGCCAUGAACUUUCAACAGAGAAAGAAAUGCAUGUCUAGAUAUUAACUGUUGAUAGUUUGGGGAAAAACAUAUGACUCAAAAUGCAUUUUGCUAUUCUUUAACACGUAAAACAAGCCUGUCAGAGCUGUAUCAUUAAUAGUCCUCUUUUGUGAGUUGAAAAGGUACCUAGGUAACAUAGCCACAAACUUUCUAACUCCUUAUCUUCUUUACAGAAUGCACUGUAAGUCCAUGAGUCCUGUCCUUUUUCAGCUCCCCACAACUGCAGUUUCCAUUGUAUCAAGCUAGAUGCUUGAUAACCAACUUGACAGAUUUUACUGUUUUUUGUUCUGCUUGUUUGUUUUCAUAAACUAUGUCAAUAUCAGUUUAAUGGGAAUAACUCUUUGCUGUGGAAAAAUCUUCAUUUGCAUGCUGAUGGGUUCUGACUUUCUGUGUUUGUAUUGAAAGAGUGUAUUAGGGGGAUGUGUAAAUAUGACAAGGUUGAGGAUGGUCAAGAAUAAAGGAGAGAUAUCUAGCUAUAGCUGCACAGACUUCCCCCCGACUUCAACACCUCCAUCCUAUUGACCUGGUGGGCCUGAUACAGUUGCACCGCCUGCAGUGGCUCUCCAGUGGGCUUUAUUAGAUAUCUUCAUGUUGUAGAAGCCAACUUGAAAGAUUCUAUGCAUUUUUUUUCAUCUUCAAAUGUUAUGCCUGAGAGUCAUGGUGUUUGAAUGAUAACUGAUCACUUACGGAAUCCUUUGGAAAACAGAAUAACCAAUAGUAAGAUAAAAGCAACCUUCCUUUUUAUUAUUACAUCUAUAAUAGACACCCAUUAUAUUUCUGUCAUGUUAUAGCAGCAGGUCUGGUCCCCAGACAGCUGCAGAGUAUGACAGGGUUACAGUUCUGAAGGGUUUGUAUGCCUCCAUAUCAUUCUUUGGUCCUAUGCUGGCCAGCUCUCUGCAAGACCAGAUAAUCUGGCCUUUUUUAUUUUUCUUAUAUAUAUAUAUGUAUACACACACAUAUA